AUGACAAUGAGCGCGAAGCACAAAGCAAAGAUAGAAAUCAACUAUCUUCAUCGAGUCAUUCAAGCGGACCAGGCUUACCUUGCUUCGGGAGGCCCUGGAGUCAUCGGUGUCAAUACAGGUCUUCAAGGUCCGCAAGGUCCGCAAGGUCUCCAAGGCCCCAAAGGACGCAGAGGCCGCAGAGGACGCCCAGGCAGAGACCUCACAGACCCCAGAGGUCCUGGGGGCGGGAACGAUGAAAACCCUGGAGACGAUGGAGGCAACGGAGGCAAUGGUGGAGGUGGCGGUCACGAUGAAGGCAACGACGACGCCAACGACAACGUCAAUGACGGGGGCAACGACGACGAUGGCAACGACGAGGGCGACGACGAGGACGACGAUGGAGGCAAUGAUGGGGGCGAUGAUGAGGGCUCCGGAGACGAUAGAGACGAUGGAGGCGAUGGAGGCAAUGGAGGCAACGGUGUCAGUGGUGGGGGCAACACCACAAGCAAAGCCUACGGCGAGGCCACACCCAAAGCCAAAGGAAGCACCACAGCCACAAGACUCACCAGAAGCGCCACCAGAAACGACACCAGAAACAACCCCCAGGGGCCCAACAAACGGCGGAGGCUUGUUGGACACUUCAGCAGCGAGAGCGACGUCGAUUUUCUCCCUAGACUGUCAACAGGCAACCAAAAACAGUCGUCGUCAAGUGUCUUGAGAGACAACUCCGUGCCGGCGAUGGAUACGCAGGAUUUGGACCUGAUGAUUCAGAAUGCGAUGUUGUCUGACCAACCGGAUUUCAACAUGUUCGAUGGCGGUCAACCCGUACCCACCACCAUGGUGGGAAAACUAUGA